UCCCAGUCCUCAGGGAGAGCCGACAAGAGACAGGAGCGGCAGAGCGGGCACAGACGGGAGCACCAAGGCCCGAGAGGUUAAGAAUCCUGCUCCUUCCUCCUGUGACCCUGCCCAGCCCGGUCUGUGCCUUGGACCCCUGAGCACUCCAACAGAGUAAACAACUAAGGUUCAGGCAGCUUAAGUGGCUUGCCCAUUGUCUCAGAGCCAAUAAAAGAGAAAGACCUGGAAUCCAAGCACAGGCCCAGAAGUCCAUGCCCAUGAGGCUCCCAGUCCCCACUGAGUGCCGCCCUGAAGGAUGUCCCAGCUAUCCUCCACCCUGAAGCGCUACACAGAAUCAGCCCGCUACACAGAUGCCCCUUACGCCAAGUCAGGCUAUGGCACCUACAUGUCCUCCUCCUACGGGGCUGACCCGGCUGCCUCCUUCCUGGAGAAGGAGAGGCUUGCUUUCAAGCCGGGUCCCCCCACCAGCCUCCUCACCCGCCCCCAUGCCUAUGGCCCUUCCUCCAUCCUGGACUAUGACCGGGGCCGCCCCCUGCUGAGACCCGACAUCAUCGGGGGUGGAAGGCGGGCAGAGAGCCAGCCUCGGGGCACUGAGCGGCCUUCAGGCAGUGGACUCAGUGGGGGUGGCGGUUUCCCUUACGGAGUGACCAGCAACUCCCUUGCCUACCUGCCCAUCAAUGCCCGGGACCACGGGGUAACCCUGACCCAAAAGAAGUCGAACAGCCAAUCAGACCUGGCCCGGGAUUUCUCCAGCCUCCGGACCUCGGACAGCUACCGGAUAGACCCCGGGAACGUGGGCCGCAGCCCCAUGCUGGCCAACACACGUAAGGAGCUGUGUGUCCUGCAGAGCCUCUACCAGGGCACCAGCCACUCAGAGUACCUGACCAACUACCUGGAGAACUAUAGCCACAAGGGCAGCGCACCCCACGGGCCUGGCCAGGCCCCCCCGUCACGAGUCCCUGAAGUCCUCAGCCCCACCUACCGACCGAGUGGCCAUUACAGCCCGUGGGAGAAGAGCCAGAGCCAGGCCUCUGGGUCCAGCCGCUCCAGCGAUUCAGGGCGAGACACCAUGGAAACCCACUUCAUCACCUGUGCCCUCGGCAAUGGUCCAGCAGUGCCCUCGGAAAUGCUCAACUACCCCUACACACACUGCGAUUCUCACCCUCUACUUUUCCACCCAGCAUGCCAUGGUCCCCUGCAGGCCCUGCCCAACCCUGGACUGAAUGCGGAGGCCCCCAGAGUACCGGUGUUCCCUGUGAAUUCUAAGAGUGCCCAGGGCCUGGCUGGUCUCCGCAACCUUGGGAACACGUGCUUCAUGAACGCCAUUCUGCAGUGUCUGAGUAACACCCGGGAGCUGAGAGAUUACUGCCUGCAGAGGCUCUACACGCGGGAUCUCAGCCGCAGCAGCAAGGCCCACACAGCCCUCAUGGAAGAGUUUGCAAAACUACUCCAGACUAUAUGGACUUCAUCCCCCAAUGAUGUGGUAAGCCCCUCUGAGUUCAAGACCCAGAUCCAGAGAUAUGCACCUCGCUUCGUCGGCUAUAAUCAGCAGGAUGCUCAGGAGUUUCUUCGCUUCCUCCUGGACGGGCUCCAUAACGAGGUGAACCGAGUAACAGUGAGGCCUAAGUCCAACCCUGAGCACCUCGAGCAUCUUCCUGAUGAUGAGAAAGGGCGACAAAUGUGGAGGAAAUAUCUCGAAAGGGAAGACAGUCGGAUUGGGGAUCUCUUUGUUGGGCAGCUGAAAAGUUCCCUGACGUGUACCGACUGUGGUUACUGUUCUACAGUCUUCGAUCCUUUCUGGGACCUCUCACUGCCCAUUGCUAAGCGAGGUUAUGCUGAGGUGACUUUAAUGGACUGCAUGAGGCUCUUCACCAAAGAGGAUGUGCUGGAUGGCGAUGAAAAGCCAAUGUGCUGUCGCUGCCGAGCCAGAAAACAAUGUAUCAAGAAGUUCUCCAUCCAGAGGUUCCCAAAGAUCUUGGUGCUCCAUCUGAAGCGGUUCUCAGAAUCCAGGAUACGAACCAGCAAGCUCACAACAUUUGUGAAUUUCCCACUAAGGGACCUGGACUUGAGAGAAUUUGCCUCAGAAAACACCAACCACACUGUUUACAACCUGUACGCUGUGUCCAAUCACUCCGGUACCACCAUGGGAGGCCAUUAUACAGCCUACUGCCGGAGCCCAGUGACAGGCGAAUGGCAUACUUUCAAUGACUCCAGUGUCACACCCAUGUCCUCCAGCCAAGUGCGCACCAGCGACGCCUAUUUGCUCUUCUAUGAAUUGGCCAGUCCAGCCUCCCGCAUGUAGCAGCAAGGAACUACAUCCCUUUCUCCGUUCCCUGUGGCAGCCCCACACCCCAAGUUUUUUUUUUAAAAGACAAAAAAGAAAAAUACCGACAAAUAAGAGAAAAAUAAACUAAAGCUGCCGAGCAGGAGCUGCCUUAGCCUGGCCGCAGCCUGGAGCAGGGAGCCAGGUGCUCCUGAGCCAUGCCCAGCAGGGAAGAUCGACAGGACGCAGAGACCAGGGCCAGCAGCGCAGCACCUUCUCGGCUUCUCUUGUUUGCAUUUUUAGACCUGUGGCUUUGUCCCGUGUGUAAUGAACAGCAGCGGUCCGCGUGCAGGAGAUCCUCGUCCGCUGCUGCCGGCACCAGCCCCCGCGCCACCCGAGAAGACAGCGCCCUCUAGAGCCUCGGGCCUGCCCUGCCCACCGGGACCCUGCUCACCCAUCCAGAAGCAGAAAAAACGUCCUGAGCCAGGAGCCCCCUCAACGCUGCGAACUCCAGGGGGACAGACGGGACAUCUUUGAAAAAAGCUGGUUUUGGUUUUUAAAAGCCCAACUGUUUUUUUAAUUACCACAACUAUUCAGACCGGAGAUGCUCUCCUUCACAGCUGGGAUGCUGGUCUUUUUUUUUUAAUUCUUCAAAUACAACUUUUCUAACGCUAGCCCUCGGUGGUGCUAGGUGGGUGUUGGCCACGCCCCAAGCACAGCCACAGUAGACCUGGGAUCUAAUAAGUUUUUCUGUUUGUUUUUUAAAAUGUUUUGGAUGGAAUCUAGUUGCCUCCAAGAAUUGUGCCUUAUAGCAUUUGGGGACCAGGGGGUAACUGCCCCUCCCUGAAAUAUCCCUCAGCCUCUUCCUCUUCCCCAGUGCCAUGUUCAGCCCGCUGGGGUUGCUAGGGGCAUGUCCUUCACCCCUGGCUUGUUCACACUGCAGUGAGGUGACAGAGCAAGUAAAAGAUUUCUUCUGCUAGCGUAUGGAGUUCUCCCUGCCCAGUUCCUCCAACCUGCCUCUGGUCCACUCCCCAGUUGUUUGAAGGAAAGUGCAAGCCCCUUCCCCCUGCAUACUCUCCCCUUUAUUUAUUCCCUUUUAAGAUGCUUUUUCUCCCUGACCAUCCUGCCCCCGCCUUCUCAGAGCCUCCCAGAUGUAGGCCCUUUGGACCGGAUUUCUCAGGGACGCCCAUGCCGCCCCUCAGCUCCUCUUGACGUCAGUCUGCAGUUCUGUCCUGGGAACUGGAGCCUGGGUGUUUGGGGCAUCUUGCCUCAGUUGUAUGACUCCUUCCCAUGGGCUUGAUUUUGCCCUAAGUAGUUGGACAAAACUCUGCUGCAGAAAAUAAAGUGGUUCUGCACCAAGGCCGGGAGCUCUGCAUAGAGCUCUUGGCAUCCACAUAGCUGGGCCUGGCUUGUGCCCCUCAGGGUCUGGAGCUUCCCAGUGCUCCCAGCAAGAGGCAUCAGGGCAAGACACCCCAAGUUUAACUCGCCCGACGCCCUUCUCCAGGGAAGACCUAUGAACCUGAGCCAAAGGGCUGCUGUGUACUUGUUUACUGUGUAAGCAAGAGUAGAAGAGUGUCUAAUGUACAGUGGAACCUUGUACAGAAUAAAUCAUAGCUUUGAGAAAUGA